UGAAAAAGCCUUGACCUUUUGGUUCCAGGGGUAAACAAGAAAGAAAGUGGACCUCUCGUCUCAAUGAUGGGGCCGGAGUUGGUUGGUCGUUUCCCUGCAGCAUGCAAGAAUCUUCCAUCCCCAUAAACAAAUCGGUUCUAACCUUCAAGCUUAUUCAGCUGGAGCAGAGAGAACAGGUCUAAUCAAUGUUUAAUCAAAGCUUUGAUACCGAUUGGGACUGAUUAACGAGCUCCGCCGUCGUCGACGAGGAUGCCGAUCAGACCCAAUUCCACCAGCCGGGCUGAUUAAAACUCCCAUAAUGCCGGUUGAGGCCGACGGCCGCCUUACUCCGCCUUCGCCUCCUCCUCCCUCUUUCUCUGCCGCCAUCAGUAGCAGUAGCAGUACUAGGGACUGGUUCUUUCCUUCUCCUUCCAAUUUUGUCCACCACCACCAAUCGCCGCCGGAAUUCCCUCGCGCCCGCAGCCGGCGGUUCUCCACAAUCCCAAACAGGACAUCUCCCAGUUCCACUCCUCCUCCGCCUCCUUAUGCAACCCGCCGCCGCCGUGUCGUCUACUUCCCUCACCAUCUCUCCCCCAAGCCGGAGCAGCAGCAGGCCCUUCCUGUUCCUCUUCCGCAGCCGCCACCGCCGGUUGACUCUAACGCUGACCGACCCGCCCCCAAGAAGAAACAUCUUCUUCAACACGGCACUUACUUUGAGCUUCUCCGCCUAGCUCUAAUCCGAUGGCACUUCGCCAUUUCUGCGUCGUUUCUGAUAGCUGCUCUCGCUUCUCUGCUCCACAAGAAUCUCUCAUUGCGGAACCAGGUCGUUGACUUGCAGGAUGAAAUUGCAAGACUUAACAUUGGGUUACUGGCCUGCAAUGUAUCUUCCUCAAUGGAUUUCCGGUUACUGGAAACGGCGGCGGUUGAUCUUUACGCCGGUCAAGGGUUAAAACAUUUGUCUCUAAUUGCCUCACUUGCCUUGUUAUCGAUCCCGCUUCUCGUUUUCAAGUACAUUGAUCUCGUCUCAAAAUCGAGAAGUUCAGAUGCUGCUUCAGAAGAAGUUUCUUUGAGCAAACAGCUUGCUUAUAGAGUGGAUGUCUUUUUAUCAGUGCAUCCUUAUUCUAAGCCACUGGCACUGCUUGUUGCCACAUUGCUGCUAAUCAUUCUUGGAGGAUUGGCGCUCUUCGGUGUUACCAGCGAUGGGUUAGCUGAUUGUCUAUGGUUGUCGUGGACCUAUGUCGCUGAUUCGGGCAACCAUGCUGACUCUGAAGGUAUUGGGCCGAGGCUUGUUUCUGUUUCUAUUAGCUUUGGGGGCAUGCUUGUAUUUGCAAUGAUGCUUGGACUUGUAUCGGAUGCCAUCUCUGAGAAGUUCGAUUCGUUAAGGAAGGGAAGAAGUGAAGUAGUUGAGCAGAACCACACCCUUAUUCUUGGAUGGAGUGAUAAGUUGGGUUCACUGCUGAAUCAGCUUGCAAUUGCGAAUGAGAGUUUAGGUGGGGGGACUGUGGUAGUAAUGGCUGAACGAGACAAAGAAGAGAUGGAAUUGGACAUUGGGAAAAUGGAGUUUGACUUCAAAGGGACCUCUGUUAUAUGCAGAAGUGGGAGCCCCUUGAUUUUGGCUGACCUCAAAAAGGUAUCUGUUUCCAAAGCCCGUGCCAUUAUUGUACUUGCUGAGGAUGGAAAUGCUGACCAGAGUGAUGCUCGUGCAUUGAGAACAGUCUUGAGUCUAACAGGAGUGAAAGAAGGGCUGAAGGGCCAUAUUGUGGUGGAAUUAAGUGAUCUUGACAAUGAGGUCCUUGUGAAACUUGUUGGUGGGGAACUUGUGGAGACUGUUGUCGCUCAUGAUGUAAUUGGCCGUCUCAUGAUUCAAUGUGCUCGGCAACCAGGACUGGCACAGAUUUGGGAAGACAUCCUUGGCUUUGAAAAUUGUGAAUUUUACAUCCAAAAAUGGCCGCAGUUAGAUGGCAUGCAAUUUGAGGAUGUCUUGAUCAGCUUUCCUGAUGCUAUACCUUGUGGGGUCAAGGUUGCUUCAUGUGGUGGUAAGAUUGUAUUGAAUCCUGAUGAUUCAUAUGCUCUGCAAGAAGGCGACGAAGUGCUUGUUAUAGCAGAAGAUGAUGAUAGUUAUGCUCCAGCAGCAUUACCUACGGUGCUUUCAUCUUCCUCUCGAUAA